AUGAUAUUGAUUGUGUCAGCAAUUUAUGUUUGGCUAACCCCGCAGAUUGGGUUAUUGUAGAUUCAAGUUUUUUGAAAGGAUUUACAUCUAAUAAUGAUUGGCAGAUUUCAAAAUAUUGCUACACAUUUGACAUUGAUGCUGAUUAUUAAUAUUAUACUUGUUAAUUAAAUUUCAUAAGAUAUGCACGUCUUAAGAAAGACAAUUAAAGAAUAGAUAAGAUUUUUAAUUAAAAAAGUUAUUAAUCAGAGGUAAUAGUUGAUAUUUUCUUUGAUAAUGCUGGAAGUCCAUCUGAUAAAAAAGUUUACUUCACAUUAAACUUGACCCAUAGUUUAUCUGCAUAAGAUAUUUUGCAAUAAAGAAAUUAUUUCAACUCUGAUUUAACCUAAAAUGCAAGAUAAAUAUGCAAUAGUUCAACAACAUAAUAUUUUGAUUUCAAGACAUAUGUUGGUACAUCUCCUGCAUUAUAUAAAGAAAAAUUUAAUAUUUCAAUAGGUAUUGAAGCAGAAGAUGACAAUCAAUAAAUUGGGGUUAGAAAUUUAUUUGUCUACAUUAAAUAUUGUUUACCAACUUGCAAAACUUGUUCAAGUUCGACUAGUUGUCUAACGUGUUAUUUCGGUACUCUAUAAUAAGGUGGAUCUUGUACUUGUGACCCUUAUCAUUAAUUUGCUUAAACUGGGAUUGGAUGCAGAUAAGAAUGUGAAAGAGAUUACUAUAUAGCAAGAUCAGAUAAUAUUUGUGUUCCAGAUAGAAGAAUUAAAUCAUAUAUUUCAUAUUUUGAAUCUACAACUUUCACUGCUUAUUCACCUUUUUAAUUUAUUUAAGAUAUUGUAAAUCCAAGAAGUUCUCCAUCGUUAAUUUUCACUUGUCAAUCUACUAAUUAUGUAGGAAGUUUAGUUUUUAACGAAGGAAUGAGAUUAUAAUUUGCAAAUUCACAAUCCUUAAAAUUUAUAAGGCUAAGGAUUACAUUUUAUAUAAAGGGCUUUUUAAUUGAUAAUAGAAUAUAAAUAAUAUUGGAUGAUUAGGUAUAAGGUGAAAUUAUCAAGACUUCAUCUAAUUAUAAUUUUAAUAAUGUUAAAAAAAUUUAUAGUACAAGUAUUAUUUGCACUGAUACUUAUGAUCUAAUUAGAAUAGAAGCAAUUCUUCGAACUUACUUUGUUAAUCCUUAACUCAUUUUAAAAGGAGUAUAGUUAACAUAAGCAACUUCGACAUGGGGAUUCAGAAAUAUAACAAUUGAUAGUGGUAAUUGUUAAGAAAAUUGUGCAGUAUGUACUGAUUUUUCAACAUGUCAAUAGUGUGAUAUUAAUUAUGUUUUAUUUUAAAAUAGUUGUGUCAGUGCUUGUCCAGUGCAUUCUGCUAAUUGCAUCGAUUAUGCAGAUAUGAUACCAAGUAAUGUAAACAAUUAUUCUUAGAUUCUCGUUACUUAGCAAAAGGAUUUUAUAAUUUAAAUAUGAGUACUUUAGAUAUAAACAAUUUUUAUGAUGUUGUAAUUUCAACUGGUAGUAAUUUCUUGACAGGAUAAAAAUUUUCAAUAUUUCCCACUAAAUUCGUUCUAGGAGGCGUUAUGGUAUGGAACAAUGCAAUAUAUAAAAAAUCAUGGAGUAUAUCCAAACCUCAUUAUGCUGUUACAAUUAGAUUUAAUGUUACAUAUGGAGAUUAGUAUAAUGGAAAUUUUUAUUAUACAAUUUAAGGAAUAAAAUCAGUA